AUGGUGGGGCACGGGGAGCACGACCCGUCAGGCCGCGAUCUGCAGCAGUACCAGAGUCAAGCGAAGCAGCUCUUCCGCAAGCUGAACGAGCAGUCCCCCACGAGAUGUACUCUUGAAGCAGGAGCCAUGGCUUUCCACUACAUCAUUGAGAAAGGAGUGUGUUACCUGGUCCUGUGUGAAGCUGCAUUCCCCAAGAAACUGGCCUUCGCGUAUCUGGAAGACUUGCAUUCAGAGUUUGAUGAGCAGCAUGGCAAGAAGGUGCCGACGGUCUCCAGGCCCUAUUCCUUCAUUGAAUUUGAUACCUACAUCCAGAAAACCAAGAAGCUCUACAUUGAUAGCCGGGCGAGGAGGAACCUGGGCUCCAUCAACACAGAGCUGCAAGAUGUGCAGAGGAUUAUGGUGGCCAACAUUGAGGAAGUCUUACAGCGAGGAGAGGCGCUUUCAGCUCUUGAUUCCAAGGCCAACAACUUGUCCAGUUUGUCCAAGAAGUACCGUCAGGAUGCGAAGUACCUGAACAUGCGUUCCACUUACGCCAAACUUGCGGCUGUAGCUGUGUUUUUUAUCAUGUUGAUCGUCUAUGUGAGAUUCUGGUGGCUGUGAGCAGGUUGCAGUCACGGAAGAGGGAAAGCCGGUAGCCUGGCAGGUCUAUGUGUGCAGGACACUGUUCACGGGGGAUGUGCAUUAGAAUCCACACAGGACCCUCACCUUUACAGGAGUGUCCUGAAAUUGUUAGGUGACACCUGACUACUACAUCUCUUAGUGAAGCCUAACAAUAGGUGCAAAGGCUUGUUGACUACAGGCUUUUCCUCUGAGGCAGUUUGCACUAGGGUACUGCAGAGUUUGGCUUCCCAUGGUUCUGCCCCCCUCCUGGGGGCGCGCUCUGGGAAGUCAAUCAGUGCGGUUUAGCAUAAUCACAUUGUAUGUCCUCCUGUUGAGUAGCUCUAGUGGGAACUGGACUCUAAUGAACAUUCCUUGUGUUGGCAAUGUUUGCUUUUUUAGAAUCCGGGUCUGCAGUUAUUUUUCUUUUUUUUUUUAAAGACAAGACUCCCCCUUUUGAAGGCAAAUACUGCACUGUACAUAUAAUAGCUUUCACCUCUGUCAGAAUAGCUGUUGUUGAGUUUUCUGUGUCUGACAUCUUGGCUUGUUACACUUUAAAUUGCUUUAGGAAGAAAUGUAUGUUAAAUUAUGCCUUAAAAUACGUUCUGUCUAGUAC